AUGUCUGCUCCGCCCCUCAAGCAGCACGCCCGCUCGGCUUUGAAGGAGGUUCUGGACGCCCCGUUGCCUCCAUCGUCUCCAAAGAAUACUGCCCGCCCGCAGCGAGUUGAGAAUGUGUCUGAACGCACCAAGUUUGCAUUCGACUCCAUGGAGGAUGCGCUCGCCGCAUUCGGCCGCGGCGAGUUCUUAGUGGUUAUGGAUGAUGAAGGGCGCGAAAACGAAGGAGAUUUGAUCAUCGCUGGAAGCGAGGUUUCGACGGAGAAGAUGGCCUGGAUGAUUCGCCAUACGAGCGGCUACAUCUGUAUAUCUCUGCCCUCUGAACGGCUGCAGGAGCUCGACAUACCCAUGAUGGUCCAGCAGAACGAAGAUCCACACCGGACGGCUUACACUGUCACAGUGGACUACAAGUAUGGAACGACUACGGGCAUAUCUGCUCACGACCGUGCGUUGACGGCCCGCGCAUUGGCUUCAUCUCACACGACGCCAUCCUCGCUUUCUCGCCCGGGACAUAUGGUCCCACUCCGUGCACGACCUGGCGGCGUGCUUACGCGCCCGGGGCACACGGAGUCGGGCGUCGACCUCUGUGCGCUCACAGGGCUUCCGCGCGCUGGCGUUCUGUGCGAGCUCGUGAAUGACAACGAGCAGGGCACCAUGAUGCGCAGAGACGAUUGCAGAGCGUUUGCUGACCGCUGGGGCAUUAAGAUGAUCAGCGUGGAAAUGAUUCAGCAAUACAGGAGACAAUUGGAGAACCGCGAAAAUGGCAUUCACUAA